AUGGCAGGCGACAUUACCACGGCAGAGCCGGCGCCGGCAAAGGAGCCCGAGUCGCCCGGCUUGCGAGACAGCAGCUCGUUGGACCAUGGCGUCGAGAUCGACGCCGGCUCGGAGAAGCGCCUCGUCCGCAAGCUCGACCGCAGGCUGGUCCUGCUUGCGUUCCUAUGCUACAUGGCAGCAUUCUUGGACCGUUCGAACAUUGGAAACGCCGAGACGGCCGGCAUGAGUAAGGACCUUGGGUUUGACAACGACCAGUACCAGUGGCUCCUCACGAUCUUCUACAUCCCGUACAUCGUCUUCGAGUGGCUUGCGCUGAUGUGGAAGAUCCUGCCGCCCCACAUAUGGGCCUUCGCGACCGUCUUCACCUGGGGUGUAGCGUCCAUGCUGCAGGCCUCCGCCUUCAACUGGCAGGGCCUGAUGGCGUGCCGCUUCUUCCUGGCCACGGCGGAGGCGGGCUUCGGGCCCGGGAUGCCGUACCUCUUCUCCUUCUUCUACACGAGGAGGGAGCUCGGGUUCCGCUGCGGCAUCUUCCUCUCGGCCGCGCCCCUCGCGACGACCUUCGCCGGCGCCCUGGCGUACGGCAUCACCAAGAGCCACUACAGCAUCGCCAGCUGGCGGCUGCUCUUCAUCAUCGAGGCGAUACCGCCCAUCAUCCUCGCCUUUGUAGUCUUCUUCUACCUCCCGGACUCGGCCGCGACAGCCAAGUUCCUCACCGAGGAGGAGAAGGCCAUCGCCCGCGCGCGCGCGCUCACCCACUCGGGCCACGAGGCCGGCACCGCCCAGGGCCAUAAAACAGGCAGCAUCAACCCGCGCGACAUCGUCGAGACGCUGAAGACGCCGCAGGCGUGGGUGCAGGCGCUCAUGUACUUCAGCUGCAACGUCGCCUUCGCGUCGCUCCCCGUGUUCCUGCCCGCCAUCCUCACCGGCAUGGGCUUCACGAGCGUCAACGCGCAGGGGCUGACGGCGCCGCCGUACUUCCUGGCCUUCGGGGUGUGCAUCCUGUCGACGUACGUGGGCGACCGCACGCAGCAGCGCGGGCUGCUGAUCGCGGGGCUCUCGCUCGUCGGGUGCGCGGGCUACGUGAUGCUGGCGGCGUCGCGGUCGGUGGGAGUGCGCUACGCGGGGGUGUUCCUCGCCUCGGCGGGGGUGUUCCCGGCCAUCGCCAACAUCCUGUCGUGGCUGCUCAACAACCAGCGCAGCGACACGAGGCGCGGCGUCGGCAUCGCGGUCAUGAACAUCAUCGGCCAGUGCGGCCCGCUCCUCGGCACGCGCUCGUUCCCCUCGGGCGACGGCCCGUACUACGUCAAGGGCAUGUCGGUCUGCGCCGCCUUCAUGGCCUUCAACGCGGCGCUGGCCUUCGGCCUUCGGACGUUCUUCAAGGUGCAGAACGACCGGUGGGACAGGGCUGCGCGGGAGGCGCCGGCGACGUCUGACAAGGCUGGGGGCUACGAGGGCGCCGCCGAGGGCACUAGCAAGAAGCACCUGGAGACGGCCGCCGGGGCGGAGACGAAGGGCCUGGAGCAAAAGGGCCUGGAGAACUCUUCGGAGUGGAGAUACGCAUUGUGA